CUGUCCAGUGGCAUACAAUUUUGUCUGUCACUGAAAGGCAUGCCUAGUAAGUACAUCACCUUAUUGAAAGCUCUCUACUCGAACACUUGUGGGCAUGUUAGAGCCUAUGGCGAGUUGUCCAGGGAGCUAUACUCAUCUAGUGGUAUCCGUCAAGGAUGCCCACUAUCUCCAUUCUUAUUUAAUUUUAUCAUAGAUAUUCUUAUGGAGGUUUCCCUCUCGUCACCUAAUUACACAGACGUUGACCUAGUCACAGGUGAAUUUUCUUUAGAUCUAGAAUAUGCAGGUGGCGUAGCCAGUCCUGUUAGGUGAAGACGCUGACAAGAUGCAGAGUCUUCUGAACACUUUGAGUGGGAAUUUGAGAAUGUUUGGGAUGCGAUUUUCACCACCCAAAUGCAAAUUUUUGCUCCAGGACUGGUCUUCAACGGUGCCCCACCGUGGCUAACAAUAGAGAGUGAAGUGGUUGAGUGUGUUGACCACUUCACCUACCUGGGAAGUAGGAUCAACCCCUGUGGGUUAGUUGCCGAUGAGAUCUCUGCACGGAUACAAAAGGCUCGAUUGGCUUUUGUCAAUUUGCGCCACCCAUGGCGCCGCCGUGAUAUCCGUUUGUCUAUUAAGGGUCGCGUGUACUGCACAGCAGUCCGCUCUGUUCUACUGUAUGGCUGUGAAACAUGGCCAUUGAAAGUGGAAGAUAUACAAAGGCUUCAGGUGUUUGACCACCGUUGCCUUUGUAGUAUAGGACGUAUUCCGUGGUGUCACCACAUGAGCAAUGCAGAAGUUAGGUGUAGAGUUUUAGGGAGAAGAGGUAAGUCAGUUUACAAGGCUAUGAACCUUCAUCGACUGAGAUGGUUGGGACACGUACCACGUAUGCCUAGUCACCGAUUGCCUUGUCACACAACGUUGGCUGAGGUGAAUCCAGGCUGGAAAAAGGCCCGAGGUGGCCAGACUAAAACAUGGCACCAGUGUAUGAAGUCUCUGACUGUUGGUUUAAGCCAUGUAGGACGAUGCAGACUGACUAGUUGGGGUCCACGGGACGAGAGGAACCAGUGGUUGGAGCCUGACUCUAGGUGAUAUGGCUCAGAACCGAUGUCAGUGGCGCAGAUGUAUACACACAUUAUCCUCAUUUUAACUACACUAUACCGAAUCUCACCAUUUUGUCGCUCCUCUUUCCCUUACUCUCGUACUUUAUAUUUCUUUUGACUGCAUUCACUUAUCUUCAUCCUUCACCUCACUACCUUUCUACUUGAUGAACUGAUGUGAGGUGUGGCAACUCGAACCGUUACGCAGUAAUGCCUGGUCCUAUGUUG